AUGAGCCGAGACGCGUGUUUGUCUGAGAAGGCAGAGACCAUCCUCUGGUCUACCGAUGUUUGGGCCGGAGACCCUGACGGCGACAUAACGCUCAGUUUCGAGGACGAAGCGUGGAGGGUCAAGAAAGACAUCGUCACCGCCCACUUCCCCUGGAUUAUACCGGCCAUGGCCCGAGCAGAGCCGAUCUACUUCCUCGCCGAACGCUUCCGGCUCGGCAGCCUCAAGCUGGGCAUGGCGGCGUGCGUGGAGGAGCUCUCGCGGCACGUGGUAGCGGUGGCGGGCCACCACUGCGCGCACUGCCGGUUCUCGCGCGGCGAGGUCGACUGGGAGGAGAAGCAGCACCUGGCGUCGUUCCUCGACGCCGUGCUCAUCGUGGAGUCGCAGCCGUGGAGCGCCAAGAUGGUCAAGGCCAUGUACGACGCCGGCGACCGCAUGAAGGCGCGCUUGUUGAGGUUGCCGGCGUUUCGGUUGUUUGUGGAGGAGUUUCCAGAGGGGAUGGGCUUUGCGCAGGCGAUUGGGGCGUAUAGGUUUUGA